AUGGACGCGAAAGAGCAGCAGCGAAAAUUCGUUGACGACGAAAUCCGGAAGCGGCACCAAGACCUGCAAGAACUGGAUCAGGAGUUCCUGGAGAAAAGACCCGAACUCGACAACCUGAAAAAGGAGAUCGGCGAGAAGACUCGAACCUUAGAAGAUCUCAGGGACCAAAUACGAAAAUGGAACGAGACAGUGGAGAAAAGAAAGUCGGAAAUCGGCCAGUAUGGAGAGGCGCGUAAUGUAGUGGGUAGUCGUGAGAGUACGGCGUGCGGGGUAGAGGAGACGGAUGUUGGUCCGGGAAGUAAUUACGAGGAGAAGCAUCGUCAAUGUCGGGAGCGUAUUAAGCAUGAUGAAGAUCGGUUGGCUGCAAUGAAGGGUACGCUAUCGAAGCUUGAAGAGGAGCAAUACCGGGUGUCUGCGGCUGCUUACGUUACGUUAUGGGGAAGUUGGGCUUUAUCUAAAGAGGGCUGGAAAAGAGCCGAGGCUUUAGCCAGGUUCGCGAGCACGAAGGCUGUGGAAGUAGCGAGGGAUUGGGAAAGGUUUGAGACCGAGCAGAGUGUGAUGCAAAAGGUGUGGUUGGAGUGUGAGGAGAGUCGGCAGCGUGGCGAGCGGGCGAGAGAGCGAUACGAGUUAUUAUUUAAGGGCUUGCAAUCAAAGGAGGAGGAAGCAGAAAGGUGUUUAGAUCAGUUAGAGAAUCGGGAAAGGGAGCUGGCAGAACGAGGUAAGAGAUUGUCAGGAGAGGAGUUGAAGUUGGAAAGAAGAGCCGCUGAGCUUGAUGAAUUAAGUUGCCAAAUGACCAGAGAGCGAGAUAGACAGGAUGCAAUAUUAAAGCAGCAAGUGAAGGAUAACGAAAACACCUUAAGGAACGAGCGAGACAGUUUGCAACGUGAAAAGACCAAAUUACAAGAGCAAAUUGAGACCCAGACAGCGCAACUGAACCAGGACCGUGAGGCCUUGCAAAAGGAACAAGAACGCAUCGAUCGUUUGAGAGCAGAAGCCGAGAAGAAAAUGUUCGACGCCAGCGAGCGGGAGACCGGAGUUAAUGCUAUUGUGGACCGGGCUAAAAAGGCGCAAGACGAAUGGGCCACGGAAAGGGCCGCUCAGAAGACUGCCACUGAUAGAGUCAACAAGGAUCUGGACGGGAGAUCUAGACAGAUUGAGAAACAGGAGAGCGACCUUCACAAAAAACAAGCCAAACUGGAGACAGACAGCCAGAGCUUUGUCGACGUCCAGACAUCAUGUACAGCCGAGAUGAAGACUCAAGCAGACCUGAUUAAGGUCUUUCUCGGACUCAAGAAAGAAGUCAAGAAAGAAGUCAGGAAAAUGGCCUGGCCGAAACAGUCGACUAAAACGGGUGACCUUAACUCUUUCUUGGUGGAGCUGAAGACAGCCACGAAGACUCUUCAGGAUGCGCUAGAGGAAUUUGCGGAAAAUAUUGGCGGGGUAGAAACACAGAGAGCGUGA